AUGUUGAAUGUUAACUUCAAUGUUUUCACAGGACCUGGAGAGAAUUUGGAAAAUACAGUGGCAGCUUCUCAGUAUGCAGUUUCACUUGGAACUGACGUGUUGGAAUUGCACGGCCAUAUCAUAAAAGAUGAACAAGUUGUAGUGUCACAUGAUGAGAAUCUGAAGAGAUCUACUGGAGUCAAUAUAAAUAUCACUGAUCUCAAGUACCACGAACUUCCACCUUACCUUGAUAAACUGGACGUCACGUUUCAAAGAGCAUACCAUUGUGAAGGAACAGAUAACCGAAUACCAUUGCUGAAGGAAGUUUUUGAGGCCUUUCCUAACACUCCCAUUAACAAAGUCAACAACAAUGUGCUGAUUAAGAAGGUUUCAGAGUUGGUAAAGCAGUACAGACUAGAGCACAUAACGAUAUGGGAUAAUUCCAGUUAUAAGAUUGCAGAAAAGUGCUACAAAGAGAAUUCAGAUAUUCCUAUACUAUUCAGUCUGCAACGUGUUCUACUCAUUCUUGGCCUGUUCUUCACUGGCCUUUUGCCCUUUGUGCCCAUUCGAGAACAGUUUUUUGAAAUUCCAAUGCCUGCUAUCAUAUUGAAGUUAAAAGAACCACAUAUCAUGUCCAGAAGUCAAAAGUUUCUUGUCUGGCUUUCUGAUACCUUACUAAUGAAAAAAGCUUUAUUUGACCUCCUUACUGCCAGGGGCAUCCAAGUGUAUAUUUGGGUACUAAAUGAAGAACAAGAAUACAAAAGAGCUUUUGAUUUGGGAGCCACUGGUGUGAUGACAGAUAAUUCAAUAAAACUUAAUAAUUUAUUUAUUUAUUUUUUAUUUAAGAAAGGAUAAAUUAACAAAACCAUAGGGUAGGAGGGGUACAAUUCCACACAAU